UGGGCUGUUUGUCUGCGUGAAGCUGGCAUGGCCUCCCCGUUCCCCUGCAUCUGUUCCCCAUUAGCAGAGCCGAGAGUAUAAAGCAGGGAGCUGACAGGGGCUGGGAACAGUCUCACUCUCGUCUGGAUCAUGGGGUUUACUAUCUGGCUGUGCGUGCUCUGUCUGCAGGCGAGUCUGCUGUCACACGCUCUCGACUGCUCAGGGGCGACUCAGGGAGAGUCUUGUCUCGGCGGACAGACCGCAGACGAACAGUAUGGCGAUGAGAAGCAGCAGAGGGCAGUACCCUCAUCUGAAGGACUGGUUCUGUUCAGACGUAAGAGGCAGUUGGAACGCAGGGGUCCCACCCACCUGAGUCACUCCAGCCGGCCCGGGGCCAUCUCUGUCAAAGGCUUCCCGAACACUCUCAUCCAGGCUGACAGGUCCAGACGACACUUGGUUCAAGCUUCAAAUAAGAAAAAGAAGCGUAUAUCCCGUGUCGGCUCUUUGUCGCUCCUCAGCAAUGACAAGAAAUCAAACCCCUUACAGGUGAUCAGAGCGAGGAGACAGGUGAUGCCCGACCCACCUAAGAAGGGCAAGACGGAACGUUCUGGGGCUUUCUCUGUCCUGGGAGACCCACAGACCGAAGAGAAGACCCGAGUCAAGAGAAGCAUAUAGGAGACGAGUGCUGGGAAAUAAAAAUGCUCCUGACAAAGACUGUGUCCACGUUUUAGCAGAAAACAAUUAAACAUAGCUGAAGAUUUGUGUGAAUGUGGAAUAACAGCUUUUAUGUGUAUUUAGAUGUGUGUGUCCAGAAUUACUAUUUCUGUAGUUUACAAUCAUCAGCCAGGUACUUUUUUAUAUGCUAUUUUAAGUUUCUAAUAUAUUCCUGCAUGUUAUCACGAAAAGAUCCAAUAUCAAUAUUCUCGUCCGGCACUUUGUUGUAACCUAUUUAAUCACAGAUUCCUUAGAGAUCGGGGGGGCUAUAUUUUUGCAGAAACAUUUCUUGUGUUGUUGUAUCAGUUUUCAGAAAAGAAACGUUUAGUAAAAACACAUGCUGUAAAAGUCUUUAUGCACUUCUUUAUGCUCCUUCUGGAGUCGUCUCUAUAAAACGGGAGAACCGUUUUUACGCCCUGAGCUUCAUUAAGAAAUCAAAUUGUAUAACAGCUCAGUCUUUCCCUCGCUCAUUUCCCAGAAUAAGAGGUUACAUUUCCCACACGAGGGUCUGCAAAACUACCCAUGACUAAUUCAUAAAAAUGAAGUAUGAAGAGAUUGAAACACCACUAAGUCCCUAAUUACAGAUGGCAAGUGCUACAUGUACGGUGCCUGGUUGGCGAAGAUGGCAGCAGAAUAAACCACU